AUGGCGUCUAUGGUAACACUUAAUGGCAUCGAUGUAUCUACGUUAGACGAACGUACGUACGAGACUCGUAUCCUAUCUAAUGAUCUACAAGUUCUUGUCAUUUCUGACCCCAAAACAGAAAAAUCGGCUGCUGCUAUGGACAUUCACGUCGGUCAUCAGAGCGACCCCGAGGACUUACCAGGUCUUGCACAUUUCUUAGAGCACAUGUUGUUCCUAGGCACGAUUAAAUAUCCAGAUGAAAAUAGCUACAAGAAAUUUUUGAGUGCACACAGUGGUCGUAGUAAUGCAUCUACAUCUCAAAUGCAUACCAACUUUUACUUUGAUGUAUUGAGCGACCACUUGUAUGAAGCUUUGGAUCGAUUUUCGCAGUUUUUUAUUGCUCCAUUAUUUACACCAGAAGCAACAGAACGAGAGAUAAAUGCUGUGAAUUCAGAAAAUGCAAAGAAUCUACAGAAUGAUCAUCGUCGACUGUAUCAACUACAAAAAUCGCUUUCGAAUCCAGAUCAUCCGUUUCAUAAAUUUGGGACGGGUAAUAUCAAGACCCUUAAAACAAUUCCUGGUGAAAAAGGGAUUGAUGUACGUGCAGCCUUGCUAGAGUUUCAUGCCACGUUUUACUCGGCGAGUAUCAUGAAGCUUGUGAUUUGCGGCAAAGAGAGCUUAGCAACGCUAAAAGGCUGGGCAGAGGAACUCUUUUCCGAGAUUAAAAACACGAAACGGAGUUUUCCGACAUUUGGAGAUGCUGUGCCGUUUGAUGAAUCGAGAUUGACUCGUGUAGUGCAUGUAGCACCGGUCAAGGAUCUUCGUGUUAUUGAUAUUUCGUGGCCUUUACCAUCUUUGCAUUCGGACUUUCUGACAAAGCCGACGAAGAUCUUGUCACAUUUGAUGGGGCAUGAAGGUCCGGGAUCAAUUUUGAGCUAUUUGAAGACACAGAAGUGGGCAAAUGGUCUCUCUGCAGGGCUUUUUCGUGAUGACGAGGAUUGGGGAUUGUUCUGUGUAAAAGUGGACGUGACGGAUGCGGGAAUCGAGCAUGUGAACGAUGUCGUUGAGGUAGUGUUCCAGUAUGUGCAAACUCUGCAGCGUGAGACUCCGUUUGAGCCCUGGAUUUUCCACGAAACCCAGGGGCUGGCGCUACAGAAUUUUCGGUUUAAGAGCAAGGAGAGCCCUAUCAACUAUACAAGCCACCUUGCAAAUGUAAUGCACCGUUACCCGCCCCAGUAUAUUCUUUCGGGUGGCUAUAUUCUCUAUGAGUAUGAUGCUGAAAAGGUCCAGAAGGUAUUGGAUCUACUUACUGUGCAUCGAAUGCGUCUUACUGUGGUCAGUAAAAAGUUUGAAGGCAAGACAGAGUAUGUGGAAAAAUGGUACCAGACUCCUUAUUUGGAAAGCCCACUUGACCCUGAGCUUCUUGCACGUUGGGCGUCGCCUCCUCCUAAUGCGGCUUUGAAGCUUCCUCACCCCAACGACUUUAUCUGUAGCGAUUUUAACAUCAUGACACCUCACAAAACGCCUACUUCGUCAAGGGGCCAUCCGAGUGAUGUAGCUCUGUCGCAACCAUUGCUGUUGCAGCAAGAUGAGCAAUGUCGCCUAUGGUACAAGCCAGACAUUGAGUUUCGCAAACCCAAGCUAAUGCUGCACUUUUUGCUUUAUUCACCGUCACUAUCUACCACACCGUGCCACGCAGUGCUAACAAGUUUAUUCGUGCGGUAUCUAAAGGACAAACUUACGGAAGUGUCUUAUGACGCAGAGCUCGCGGGUAUGGAAUACGAUAUCGGCUUUAAUUCUCGUUCAUUGGAGCUGCAUGUGGGUGGAUAUUCGCACAAGCUCUCUAUUUUACUCUGUAGGGUAUUUCAGAAAAUGCUAGAAAUGACCAAGGCUGAAUACAAAUACGAAGAAGCAGUCUUUGAUCGUGUGAAAGACCGGACAAAGCGCAUGUACGAAAACUUUUUUCUCGAAGAGCCCUAUCAGCAUGCCGUGCAUGUAUGCAGCCAACUGCUCGAAGUGUCAAGAUGGAGCAUUGAAGACAAGAUUGAUAUUAUCAAGCAUCUCACCUUGUCUGACUUGGCAUCUCAUAGCCAGAUGAUUUUUCAGCAGGUUUUCGUAGAGGGUUUCUUUUACGGUAACUUGAAACAGAGUGCAGCUCUGCCGUUGAUGCAACAGGUGCUGCAUUAUUUUGGCUUUAGCAAGAACGGAAGCUUGAGUGGAGGCAGCUUUCCGUUCUUUCGUAGCCAAUUGACUAAGCCACGAAUUGUACAACUUGCCGACGCUAGCGAGUACCGUUAUCAGCGGCGUGAAUGGAACGAAGCGAACCUCAAUUCUGCCAUCUGUACAUUAUAUCAGAUGGAGUGUGAGACGGCAGGAAGUACAAUGGGCCUCCGUGCUCGUCUCGAGCUGUUUGCACACAUUUUCAAGGAGCCUUGCUUCAAUCAGCUCCGGACACAGGAACAGCUUGGGUACUUGGUGUUCUCAGGUAUCACACGCAUCGAAGGUGUCGAUUACUUUCGUAUUCUGAUUCAGUCCGAUGUGGCAUCGCCGCUGCUGUUGAACCAACGCAUUGAGCUCUUUGUGGCUCGAUUUCGAUCUGUGCUUGCCGAGAUGUCAGGAAUCACGUGGCAGAAACAAGUAAAUGCCGUUGUGAAAGCAUUAUUGGAGAAGCCGAAACAAGAGAUGGAGGAAUCGAUGCGUCUAUGGCGUGAGAUUGCAAGUGAGACGUUUAUGUUUGAUCGACGCCAACGAGUAGCUGCCAUCGUGUCGACGUUGCAACCGAGUGAUCUCUUGGUCUUUUUUGACUCGUUCAUUGCUGUUCAUGGCGAACGACGAAGCAAAUUGAGCAUUUUUCUAUACGGUGCGAAACACGCAUUUCCAGAGCUUCAUAUAGAAAACAAGUUGAGUCCCAGUGUUUUCAUUGCAACGUCGACGAGUAUCAUCUCGGCGAUGCUCUUGCAGCAGCAAGUUGAAGAUGAUAGCAAGUCAUGUGGGAAUGUUGCUCCAACGUUGAUCCACGAUGUUGUUACUUUCAAGCAACAGAUGCCAUUGUUUCCAGAGCGUGCGACUAGAAAUCUUCUGCAGCUACAUUUUAGCUAUAAAUCGGGGUUUUAG